AUGAAACACUUACCUUCCCACCCCUUUCCCUCUCUCUUUCUCCCGUCUAUCUCUUUCUCUUUCACUCAAAGCUGCGUGGAGGUGCGUCUGGGCAAGCACAACAUUGCCAGGACUGAGGGUAGCGAGCAGUUCAUCUCUUCUUCCCGCGUCAUCCCCCACCCCAACUACAGCUCCUACAACAUCAACAAUGACAUCAUGCUGAUCAAGCUGAGCAAGCCCGCCACCCUCAACACCUACGUGCAGCCUGUUGCUCUGCCCACCAGCUGGGCCCCCGCUGGCACCAAGUGUGUCGUCUCUGGAUGGGGAAACACCAUGAGCUCCACCGCCGAUAGCGACAAGCUGCAGUGCCUGAACCUCCCCAUCCUGUCUUUCAACGACUGUGACAACUCCUACCCUGGUCAGAUCACUAAUGCCAUGUUCUGCGCUGGAUUCCUGGAGGGAGGCAAGGACUCUUGCCAGGGUGACUCCGGUGGCCCCGUGGUGUGCAACGGUGAGCUGCAGGGUGUUGUGUCCUGGGGAUAUGGGUGUGCUGAGCCCGGUAACCCCGGUGUCUACGCCAAGGUAAGAAUAUAG